AUGGGCUCCGCAAACCCCUCCCUGUCAGGAAUUCUCGUGGCAUUGAUCACUCCCUUUACAGACGACGGCUCCGCCAUCGACACAUCCCGUCUCAAGGCGCACAUUGAUCAUAUCGUGAACGCGGGAUGCCAUGGCCUCGUCCCCGGCGGCACCACCGGCGAGUUCACGGCGCUGAGCAUGGACGAGAGGAAACAGAAUCUCGAGCUCUGUAUCGAAUACGCCGCUGGUAGAGUACCCGUGGUGGCGGGCAUCGGCGCCACCACGACCAGGGACUGCAUUGACCUGGCGAACCACGCCAAAGAGGCCGGAGCAGCGGCUGUGAUGGUCGUACCGCCAUUCUACGACCCUGUCAACUACGAGCAGCUUCAAGAACUCAUGGUCGAGAUCCACGAGGCCGCAAACCUGGACAUUAUCUACUACAACAUCCCCUCGGCGUCCGGGCUCAGUUUGACCCCGACGCAGAUUGCCGGUCUGUCGAAAGUAGGCGUGAGAUAUCUGAAGGACACGUCGGGCAACGCUCCCGCUCUCACCGAGUUGGUCUUUUCGCUCAGCGACCAAAUCACCGCCUUCAACGGGUGGGACACCUUGACAUUCUACAGCCUCGCCGCGGGCUGCAAGGGUGCAGUGUGGGGUGCGUCGAAUAUCAUCCCUGAGCUGUCGGCCCAGUUGUGGGAUACGCUGGCUGUGAAGAGUGAUUUGCAAGCGGGUCGAGAGUUGUGGUCCAAGAUCUACCCGGUCUGCAAGUUUCUCGAGGAGUACAAUUACCCCUCCGCCGUCAAGACAGCCAUGGAAUUGCUCGGCUAUCCGACUGGAGGACCGAGGAAGCCCUUCAAACUGCUCACCGGUGAGCCGCGAGCAGAGUUGGCCAGGAUUUUGCAAACUGCCGGGCUGAAGGUUGUGAAUUCAUGA